GGUGACAAAAUCCCCCCCGGGAAGUGGCAAUAAGCAGAAGCUCGCAAAGCAAAUCUCUCUCUCUGAGCGAAGCUGCGGGCCUGCGAGCACAUAUUCGACCUCUGCAGGAGGGAGGAGGUCGACAAGCUGCGGGGGCAAGAGAGUUAUCGUCCGACGCGAAUUCUCUUCUCAUUCUGAGGGACUAAUGGCUUCCGUAAUCUGCUCGCCGCCUUCCCUCUCUCACAACCGUAUCUCCAUCCGCUUCUUCUCCGCCGACCAGCCCCGACUCGGACUCUCCCUCCGCACCGGUGGUGUUAGGUGUAAUCUGGUGGAGCCAUUGAAGUGUGAGAAUGGGAAGCCUUGUGUUCCGAUCAUUAACAGCGAGCAGUCAAUGCCUAGUUUCUUGACUUCAACCAACCUGCGGAGUCCGAUUAACAAAAUUGAUACAAGGCUCAGGAUAUUUUCGGGCACAGCAAACCCUGCGCUUUCUCAGGAAAUUGCGUGCUACAUGGGUUUGGAACUUGGAAAGAUUAAGAUAAAGCGAUUUGCUGAUGGUGAGAUUUAUGUCCAAUUGCAAGAGAGUGUUAGAGGCUGCGACGUAUACCUCGUGCAGCCUACAUGUCCACCCGCAAAUGAGAAUCUUAUGGAGCUUCUCAUAAUGAUUGAUGCAUGUCGGAGGGCAUCCGCAAAGAACAUAACUGCCGUCAUUCCAUACUUCGGAUAUGCCAGAGCUGAUAGAAAGACUCAAGGGCGUGAAUCCAUUGCGGCGAAGCUUGUGGCAAAUUUGAUAACCGAAGCUGGUGCAAAUCGUGUUCUGGCUUGUGAUCUUCACUCUGGGCAGUCCAUGGGAUAUUUUGAUAUUCCUGUGGAUCAUGUGUAUGGCCAGCCUGUAAUACUUGAUUACCUUGCAAGUAAGACCAUAUGCUCUGAUGAUCUGGUUGUGGUCUCACCUGAUGUUGGUGGAGUUGCAAGGGCCCGUGCCUUUGCAAAAAAAUUGUCAGAUGCACCUCUAGCUAUUGUUGAUAAGAGGCGCCAUGGCCACAAUGUCGCUGAGGUAAUGAAUUUGAUAGGUGAUGUGAAGGGGAAAGUUGCUGUUAUGGUGGAUGAUAUGAUAGAUACUGCAGGAACUAUUGCUAAAGGUGCAGCUCUGUUACAUCAAGAGGGAGCUAGGGAAGUCUAUGCUUGCAGCACACAUGCUGUUUUCAGCCCUCCUGCAAUUGAGAGGUUGUCGAGUGGCUUGUUCCAAGAGGUCAUUAUAACGAAUACUAUUCCGGUGUUGGAGCAGAACUACUUUCCUCAGCUCACGGUCUUGUCUGUGGCCAACCUUCUAGGGGAGACCAUUUGGCGUGUUCAUGAUGAUUGUUCCGGUGGCUAUGAACCCUAUUCAAGCCUGGGCAUUGACUGAUCCAAAUAUGUUUCAGUGGUGGGGUCUCAAAAAGCUUCGAUAUUGCCACUUAUAUAGUUAUUCUGGGAACACUAUUUAUUAACACGAGACAUGAAUUGCGAGCCAGGGAACAUGCCUGCCCUUAUGUAGUUUCUUCUGCUAAGAGUUUUUUCAGGCUGUUCUUGUCCGCUCAUGUCAAAUCGUUUUUGUAAGGUGUUUUCUUGGAAUAUUAUGUUUCGGAUCUUUGGAUGUAUGGUAACUGUUGUAACUAGUAACUAUAUAUUUGAAAUAUCUUAUAGAUGUGUAUUUCGCUCAAUUA